AUAUCGAUCAAGAAAACUAAUUUCUUUUUAGUUCAUUUACAACCGUUAAUAUUGAAAGUUGUGUUUUCUCAAACAAUUUUGUUUAUAAAUUCAAAUUGAAUAAAAUUCUUUCAUUUUUUUUCAAGUUUUAAUAUAUAAAAAUAAGACAAUGGCACCAAUUGAGUGACGUCAGAAUUUUUAUAUUGUGAUUCGCGCCACAAUCAUGGCGACAUUAACAAUCAUCCCGAGGUUCAUGUCAUUUAGAAGAAAACCGGCUAAUUUAUUAAAAUUAUCGUUUAACGGAAAUAAAAAUUCCCUCUUUGGAAAUAUUCUCGUGGCUUAUUUAUCCACGGAACACAAAUAUAUGUACGAUCUAGUGGUUUUGGGAGGUGGUUCAGGUGGUUUGGCUGCUGCAAAAGAGGCUGUUGAACUUGGUGCAAAAGUUGCUGUUCUUGAUUAUGUGACACCAACUCCUUUAGGAACAAAAUGGGGUUUAGGAGGAACUUGCGUUAACGUUGGUUGUAUUCCAAAAAAGCUUAUGCAUCAAGCCGCUCUUCUCGGUGAAGCUAUUCAUGAAUCCGUUGCUUUUGGCUGGCAAUUACCCGAUCCAAAAACAAUUACAAUUGAUUGGGAUGCAUUGAAAAAUGCUGUUCAAAAUCAUGUAAAAUCUGUUAAUUGGGUGACACGAGUUGAACUCAGAAAUAAAAAUGUAGAGUAUAUAAAUGCUCUUGGACAUUUUCAAGAUCAACAUACAAUUGUUGGCGUCAUGAAGAAUGGCGAUCAAAAAAUUAUAACUGCGCAAAAUAUUUUAAUUGCCGUUGGUGGUAGGCCAAGGUAUCCUGAUAUUCCCGGAGCUGUUGAAUAUGGAAUAACAAGUGACGAUAUUUUCAGUUUAGAUAAAGCACCAGGCAAAACUCUUGUCGUUGGAGCUGGAUAUAUUGGAUUAGAGUGUGCGGGAUUUUUAAAUGGAAUGGGUUUCGAUGCAACGAUAAUGGUUCGUUCAAUUGUUUUACGUGGAUUCGAUCAACAAAUGGCAAAUAUUGUCGCUGAGGAAAUGGCCGAUCGUGGCGUACAUUUUAUUUAUCAAGCAAAACCAAAGGCAAUUGAAAAACAAGCCGAUGGUCGUCUUCUCGUUCAUUGGGUUGAUAAGAACGGAGAAAUUCAUCAGGAUGUCUACGAUACCGUUUUAUUUGCAAUAGGACGUAGAGCACUGACCAAGGAAUUAAAACCAGAAAAUGUGGGACUUGUACUUAUGCCCGAAAGUGAAAAAAUCAAAACAGUUAAUGAACAAACGAACGUUUCGAAUAUUUAUGCAGUCGGUGAUGUUCUUCACAAACUUCCAGAAUUGACACCGGUGGCGAUUCAUGCGGGAAAAUUGUUGUCUCGUCGUCUUUUUGGUGGUUCAACGGAUCAAAUGGAUUAUACAAAUGUGGCAACGACUGUAUUUAGUCCCUUGGAAUAUGGAUGUGUUGGUUUAAGUGAGGAACAAGCGAUCGCAUUGUACGGAGAGGAGAAUCUUGAAAUUUAUCACGCCUAUUAUAAACCAACGGAAUUUUUUGUACCACAAAAAAAUGUUAAACAUUGUUACGUUAAAGUUGUUGCAUUAAGAAAAGAUGAUCAACGAGUUCUUGGAAUGCAUUUCGUUGGACCGAAUGCCGGUGAAGUUAUUCAAGGAUUUUCUGCUGCCAUCAAGUGCAAUUUAACAUUUCCAAUGUUAAAAUCAACUGUUGGUAUUCAUCCAACAACGGCUGAAGAAUUCACUCGUGUUUUCAUAACAAAAAGAUCGGGAAUGGAUCCAACACCACAAAGUUGUUGCAGUUAAAUAUUAGAAUGUCAUAACUAGAAGAUUUUGAAAGCAAUCUUAUUUACUUUUUUUU